UGUUUUUCUGUCUUGGUUAUUAUUUUCCAUCUCAUAUGAUGUUUUUCUGUCUGUGAUGUUGUCGUUGCAGACACAUCCCUCCCAUCUUUCCCUGAAGGAGAGUUAGACUUUGAGUCUGUGCAUUUUGACAAAGCCAAGCCAGACAUGUCUCCUGGAACGUUACCGGUGCUGAGAGAGGAAGAGGAAGAUGUAGGACAGGAAGAGGUAGAGGGAGAGCCUGGUGGAGAAAAUGAAACUGUAUCUGACCAUAUCUCAGAGGAGAAAUAUGAUGACGAAGAGGAGACUCAACAUAUUGAUGAAGAAGAGAUGGGUUCGGGAGAAGAGGAGACUCAACAUACUGAUGAGGAAGAGAUAGGUUCAGGACAUGAGGAUACACAGCAUAUUGAUGAAGAAGAGAUGGGUUCAGGAGAAGAGGAUACUCAACCUAUUGAUGAGGAAGAGGCAGAGAUGAUGGACUCAGGAGAAGAAGAGGACACAGGAAUAAAGAACCUUGGCUCGCCAGGGGGUUGGUCUGUGGUUGUUCACUACGAUGAAGAAAGCUGGGAUGGUGCUCUACAGGACAUAGAGAAGAUUGUAACCACAGGACAACCUUUUGCCGAACAAGAGAGUGAAAACCGUGAAGUCAGAAACGCAGAGCAAGGUGCUUACGAGAACAGUGGUGUGAGGUGUUUUGUGGGUGUCACUGAAGAUGUCACCAUGGAGAUCACAGCAGGUAAUUGUGAAGAAGAGGAAAGACAGACGGCUGAAGAAAACCAAGAGGAAUCAUCUGAUUCAGACCCGGAGGUCCUGACUAGCUCUAUCACCAAAAACCAGAGAAAAGAGGGAAAUAAAGUAGCGAACUUACUCUCCCAGCAGACUGUUCCUCAGGAGAAUGAAGAGGAAGAAGAGCAAGAUGAAGAUGGAGCUCCAGAGGUUGUUUAUGAUUGUCCAGAUCCUGCAGCAACGCAGAAUGUGCAAGCUCUUAUGAUCAACACCUUCGUGGAACACCCGCUUCAGAAGAAAAUUAAGGAGUUCCAAUGGGACGACCACCAAGAGGCGGAUGAAAGAUUUGCAGAUUACCCCUCUGUCUGCUCUCCAUGUAAAUACAAAAAGGAUGGGGGGAAACUGUCUAGUCCCUUGGAGGGAAUCUGGAAUACAGAGGAGAACGUAGACGUCACAGAAGAGGUAACAGCCGCUAUCUCUCCACGCGGAGAAGGUGAGCAAGAUUGUGCGAUGUUCAAUACCAAUAUUGACACUAGCACGAGGAAGAGUAUUGGAUACCAUCUUGAACCUCAGAGUGACAGCAAUGGUUCCAGUGGCAGUUCUAGUGAGGAUGAGGAGGAACAACAGAAGUAUAAUGAAGAACACCCGGCGCAGCCAAGAUACCAGGGUCUUCCUCGGACAGACCGGGGAUCUGAGGAUCCUCCUCUUCAAGUUCAGUGGGGAGGUGGAGAGGAGGACAGCUCCAAGCAGAGUGUUGCUGCCGACCUGCAUCUUUCAGAAACCAUCUCUGAUGUUCCCACUUUUACCCUUCACAGUGAGGCCAGACGCUGUAGAGCAGCUAUAACUAUCUCCAGAGGUACCGGCAACAUGUCAUCAUCUGAUUCUGAGGAAAGUUUCCCCGGAGCGUUGUGGACAUCGGAGGCUGAACAAAGAGAGGAUAAACGGGAGACUUGGCUUUGGGGUGAGGCUGGGCCAGGCACUUUAGAAGAGGAACAUCUUUGCAAAGUUCAACUGGAACUAGCAGGAAGAUUGAAGAGCCACAUUCACACUGAUAUAAGCUGGGACACAGGGGAAAAUAAUGUGGAACGUGGUGGUUUAAUUCAAGAUUACCAAUAUGACGCGUCUGGGAUCACAGAGAGUGGAGAACUUGCAGAUGAAGAGGACGAUGAAGAGGAUGAUAGGAGUUGGGAACAAGAGAAAGAGAGAAUCAAGGCAUUCUACAAGUUUUAUAAUGAUGAUGAAGAAGAGGGGGAGAAUGCCAAGGGAACAGAAUGUGAUUUUUCAGUGAGGAAGCCUAGAGUUCAGUUCUGCAUGGAUCCCCUGCCUCAAGUUAUUGAAUACACAGACAGUAGCAGUGAUGUAGAUUUGGUCGACAACUUAUCUGAUGGAGACGAGGACCUGGAUUCUACAGAAAGGCUUGAGGAGCAGAGUGAGCCUGAGAGACAGACAAUGAGUUUACCCGAGACUCAGGAGCCACAAGGAGAACUACAAGAUCUCAGCAAAAUGCCUCAGACUCACACCAAGAGAGACCGAUGUCUGAGGGUGCUAAAGUUACUGGUGAAGAUAACCCUGUUGACAGUGAUUGGACUUCUGACAUUUUGGUGGACAAGAUACCAACUGGACUUGGACUGGUGAUGUGGCUAAAAUUGUCUUGCCUAACAACUGUACUGUAUUGUCAAUGUGUCUGAAUAUAAUUAGAACGUAAAGUAGCAGUAGUUAAGUUAAAAAAUGCUUAAUUGUAAGGCAAAUGCUAUCUCCUUAUAUUCUGUAGUGUCUGUCACUUAUUUUCAUCAUGGCAUCAUCUACAUCAUGUCUUUAUCUGUUUUGUGGAUAAUAAAAGGGUAUAUUUAU